AGUGACCCUUGUGGUAUUACUACUCUCGUUCUCGUUGUGAUAAAUGAAAAUACGCGUUUCAAAAUGGUGGUGUGAUGAAAGUGAUUAAAUGGAAUAAUUUUAGUUCGUUCGAAUUGUAUUUGCUGGUCUAAUAUCGUGUUAUUAAUUUUAUAAGUUGACCAAUAGAGGAAACUACUUAGUUGCAGUGUGUCCAGAGAGUCGUGCGCUGGUGAUUGGCUGUGGCAUGGCGGAGGACAGGGAAGAUGGCAGCCCUGAGGAUGCAGAUAAGGGGCAGUUCGAGGUGCUGGACGAAGUGGGGGAGGUGGAGGGCUGGGAUGACGACAUGAUGCCCGACAUGUACGAAGAUGAGGAUGAGCAAGAUGAGAAGGAAGAAGACGGAGAUGAGCCAGGCAUGAAGGAGGAUGACAGCGUCAAGAAAGACAUGAAAGAAGAUGACGGGGCCAAGAAAGAUAUGAAGGAAGAAGACAGGAACAAGAAAGGUGUGAUGGAAGAUGACGGUACCAAGAAAGGUAUGAAGGAAGAUGAAGGGGCCAAGAAAGAUAUGAAGGAAGAAGACAGGAAUAAGAAAGAUGUGAAGGAAGAUGACGGUGCCGAAAAAGGCGUGAAAGAUGAUGACGGUGUCAAGAAAGGCGUGAAGGGAGAUGAUGUCGCCAAGAAAGGUAUGAAGGGAGAUGAUGUCGCCAAGAAAGGUAUGAAGGGAGAUGAUGUCGCCAAGAAAGGUAUGAAGGAAGGUGAAGGGGCUAAGAAUGAUAUGAAGGAAGAUGAAGGGGCCAAGAAAGAUAUGAAGGAAGAAGUCAGGAACAAGAAAGGUGUGAAGGAAGAUGACGGUGCCAAGAAAGGCGUGAAAGAUGAUGAUGGCGUCAAGAAAGGCGUGAAGGGAGAUGACGUCGCCAAGAAAGCAGUGAAGGAAGAUGACGGCGCCAAGAAAGCAGUGAAGGAAGAUGACGGCGCCAAGAAAGGCGUGAAGGAAGAUGCCAGCGCCAAGAAAGGUGUAAAGGAAGAUGAUGGGGACAAGAAAGGUGUGAUGGAAGUUGAUGGAAUGACAGAGGCUUUGUCCCAGUGUGACAGGGAGCUUGAAGCAAGGACCCUAAACAGUGACAUCAUUAUUGAAAUUGAUAUAACAGAUGAUUUUGACACUGAUAUAAAAGAGCAGAUUGUGAUUUUAUCGGAUGAUGAUGCUGACACUAUCAAGGGUUCUCAGAGUAAGGAAUUAUCUGUCAGCAAAGAUGCAAAGCUAUUUAAGGAUUCCCCAAAAGGUAAAAAUGAAAUAUCUGUGAAAGAAAUUACUAGUAAAGAUGAAAAGUCAUCUAAACAGUCUUCUUCCAUGGAAGAUAAAAAGUCAUCAACACAUUCCUCUAUCAGUAAAGAUGAAAAGAUAUCAAAACAGUCCUCCAAAACUGAUGAAAAAUCACAAAAACUUUCCUCUACCAGUACGGAUGAAAGGUUAUCGAGAGAUCCCUCCAAAAUGAAAGAUGAAAAGUCACCAAAACAAUCCUCUACUGUUAAAGAUGAGAAGUCACCAAAAAAAUUUUCUAAAAGCAAAGAUGAAAAGAUAUCAAAAGAGUCCUCCAAAACUGAUGAAAAGUCACAAAAACUUUCCUCUACCAGUAAGGAUGAAAGGUUAUUGAAAGAUCCCUCCAAAAUGAAAGAUGAAAAGUCACCAAAGCAAUCCUCUACCAUUAAAGAUGAAAAGUUAUUAAAAGAAUCCUCAAAAACAAAAGAUGAAAAGGCAGCAAAACAGUCUUCUAGUAAAGAUGAAAAGUUACCAAAAUUGUCCUCUGAUGGCAAAGAAGCAAAGUCUUCUAGUACUCAGUCAUCUGGCAAGGAUAAGAAAGUAUCUGAUCAUUCUGCAAGUGCCAAAGAUGGGAAGUCUUUGAGUAACCAGUCAUCUGCUAAAAACGUUAAACACACCAAUAAAAUUGACUUAACGAGUAGUGAAGAUAAACGAAAAAACAGUGUUACUAAGACUCUGGAUGAUAAGAAAAAGACUGACACAAAGAGUAGUGAAUCUCCGAAGCAGAUAACGGGCUCGGGACUCAAGAGGAAGGGCAUAGGCACGGCAGUAAGAAAACCAGAAGAGAAAAAGAUCAAGCUUUCUGAUGAGAAGACCGACUACAAGAAAUUUAUGUCUGAUGAAGAAAUUGAUUUUUCAAUCUUGGACCCAAAUAAAGCGUUCAUGGUCAUGAGGAAGCAGUUCGUGAAGACGAUGAUCGCGCUGUCGGAGGACCUGAAGUGUAACCGCGACUACCGGCGCUGGGCGGAGAAGCGGCGCAAGGACGGCAUGGUGUUCCCCGUGUUCGACCUGAAGCAGCCGGCCGAGCCGACCCUGCUGAGCCGGUGCCAGCUGCUGAGUGGCUACGAAAAAUCCUCGACCAAGUUGUGUUUGGGCUUCCCACGAAACAAUGAUGUCAUAAGAUUCUGGUCCGGAGAAAAGAAGUUUGUUCCAAAGAUCAAGAGCGUCGUCAGGGCAUUCGAAGACGUGAUGCGGAGCUGCGGCAAGCCGCUGUGGGACCCCGUCUCGCAGCAGGGCUACUUCCACGGCCUGUCUGUGGUCGCCAACGUCAGGGGCAAGGCCGUCCUGCAGGUGGACGUGUUCGGCGCCACGGAGCGCGAGGCGGAGGCCCGCUUCUCCGAGGUCAAGGACAUCCUGCUGACCGGCUUCGGCUCCAGGAAGGUGGACCAGCACGCCCUCGUCAGCAGCAUCUACGUCGGGCUCGUGGUCGGCAAGAAGACCCGCGCCGCGGAGAGGACGUCGGUGCGAUGCAUAAUGGGGUGUGGCUUCAUCGUUGAAAGUGUUGACGGCAUGAAGGUGAACGUCUACCCCUGGUCGGGCUUCUCGACCGGCACCUGUGCCAUGACGACCCUCUGCGAAGAGAUGACGAAGAUAGUGCGGCGGGAACACUGCGACAUCGUCGUGGAGAUCGGCUGUGGGACUGGCGUCAUCGGGCAGGUUCUCUCUCGGCACUGCUCGACGGUGCUCGGCGUGGACACUGCGGAGUGCAUCGCCGAGGCCAGGGUCAACGCCGAGGGCAACGGCCUGAGCAACUGCACCUACUACGACGGCCGGGUCAAGGACGGGCUGGCCAAGGUCGCAGAGGCGAUCCGCAACAGCAAGACCCCGGUGCUGGUGAUCGUCAACGGGUUGUUCUGCGACCUGCUGGACGAUACAACCGUUCCUUGGCUGAAACGGACCAGUAAAGUGCACAAACUUGUCUACAUUAAGACACUGAGAACCACCAACUUACUUCAAGUCACAAGUUUGUGUACCCCAGGAAAGAAGUUGAGGUAUCACAAUGGUGAUCCUCUGCCGUAUUUGCCCUUGUAUGCUUUACCUAUCAGCCUAGGUACUAGAAACUUUGCUGCCAUUAUCGUCUUGCAACACGUGGAAAUUAACUUCAUUAAGGAGUUGUACCAUAUUCGAGAUGAUUACCCGGUACAAUAUAUUCCAAUUGCAGUCUCAGAAAAUUCCAUACCAUUCAUGGUAGAAGACACCAAAGAAAUGACAAAAUUUGCUAAGAUGCCAGCAAACAGGAACAGAACUGACAUGAGAAAUGGUCCUAGGAACAGAAGCUUAUCUGGUAGUGGUGGGCCUGGAAAGAGAAGUCAAGAUCGUGACGGGAAUUACAGAAACGAGGCAGUUGGUCGUAAUAGAAGUGACUCGCAACAUUUUGGGGAUUGUAGCAAUACCAGAGAAGAAGACCAUUCAAGUUUAUCCAGGAACGUGUGGAUGAACGAGGAUGGUUUGCUGACGACUCGAAUUGAUGCCUCGGAACAUGGCAGUGGCUUGCCACCUCGAGAUCUGAGAGAUGUGCUACAAAGUCGCUCAGGGCACCAUCACCAAGACAGCUUGUUGGAUGGAGGCUACACUGCAUCUACAGAUGUGAAAGAUUUAAGAACAGUUAUACAAGGAAAGCGAAUGUACGCAGAAAGACAUCUAGAUGUUGCAGACAAUAUUAGAGAUGAUAGGUACUUUGAUGAUGUAACUAAUGAUAAAAAGAGAAGGCUGGACAGCUCUAGCUUUGCGUACAAUGUUAUUUCUCCAGGGACCGAAGAUCUCAGACAAGUUUUACAAGAAAAGAAAGUGAUGGGUGAAAACAUUUCAGUUAAAGAUCGGAACAUGCUGAGUAGAGAUUUUCAGGGGAGAUCUAUGGGGGAUGGCAGAAGUCACUACAUUGUUCGAGAAAAUAAUGAUCUGCGAUCUUUCUUAGAAGAGAACAGAGCAACGCACAACAAUGAAGUAAAAGACCCUUUCAGAGAUUCCGCUAGGCUACCCCAUGAUGUAGAAAACUGGGGUGGUGCUCAUCCGAGUAUGAAUUUCAGAGAUGCUCGUUCUGGAGGCAGCCUCUAUCCUACGGAUGACUGGAGGGAUAUGUGUAGAAACAAUGAACCAGAAGCAUUCCCUCUAGUAAAAGACAGUAGUGUAUUCGAGCGAGAUAUAGGCAACAAAAUGAACGUGAGAGAGUUCGAAAGGAAGAAGGUAUUGUUUUCUAGGGAGGGAAAUUCACGAAACAUUAACUUUAGUCAUCAUGCUUCUGGCACAGGUAGGUCGUAUGAUGAUGCCGAGCUUGGUAGGAAGGCAACACGAGCAAAGAGAGACGAUAUUGCCUCGGGUUUUAUGACGGACGUGCGUGGCAUUGGUAGAAUUGGGGCAAGUUGGAAGACCAGGAAUGUGCAUGAUAGCCUACGUGAUAUGGAAAACAUUCAUGACAGUUUCAGCAAGUUUGAUGCUUACAUGAGCAAAUCAACAAGUCACAAGGACCAUCGGCAUGGUGGCAAACCUAGACUAGAAUUUGACCAGUCUUUUCCGAGUGCAGGUGUGAAAACUAUUAGACAUGCAUUGUCCCCAAAUUCUAAACAUCAUGUAACAAGUGACAUUUUAAGAGAAAAUCAAUACCAUUCUAGUGAUGUUAAAGCAAGUUUUUAUGGUGAUGCAGAUGAAAGGAACAAGAAUUCUCAGUGGCUUGCUUAUGAUGACAGAAAUAUUCCAAUUAUUAGUGAUCUUGAGAGAAAUAGAACUACUUUUGAAACUGAGUCGAGCAGAACGUUUGAUGAAUCUGGCAGGAAUAGAUUAAUAAUGGAUGGAAGUGAAAGGAAUAGAACAUUUGGAUCUGGUGAAAGAAUUUUUGGCGGUGGGGAUAGAACAGAAGCAAUUGUUGAUGGGCCCAAUGACAAAAAUAGAAAUAUUUUUGGUAGACUUGAGGACAGAAAGAUGUCAGUGUUUGAUACAACUGAUAUUCAAAAAAGACUACUGGUUGAAGCAGGGGUUAUAAACAGACCAAUUUAUGGUGAGUUAGAGGACAGGGAAAGGUCAUUAUAUGGUGAGCUAGUCAAGAAAAGGUCGUAUGGUGAACCAGAAGACAGGAAAAGGUCACGUUAUAUUGAAAUAGAGGAUAGGAAGAGACCACUUUAUGGUGGGCCAGAGGACAAGAAAAGGUUACUGUAUGGUGAAACGAAUGACAGGAAAAUGUCAUAUGGUGACUCAGACAGGAACAGGUCAUUGUAUGGUGAACUAGGGGACAGGGAUGACAGACACAGGCCAUUACUUGGUCCUCCAGAUGUAAGCAGCAGAUCAUUACAUGGUCCACUAGAGGACAGGAACCCUUCUUUACAUGGUCCACUAGAGGACAGGAACCGGUCUAUGCGUGGUCCACCAGACAGGAACCGGUCAAUACAUGAUCCACCAGAGGACAGGAACUGGUCAAUGCAUGGUCCACCAGAAGACAGAAACCGGUCAAUGCAUGGUCCACCAGAAGACAGGAACCGGUCAAUGCAUGGUCUACCAGAAGACAGGAACCGGUCAAUGCAUGGUCCACCAGAGGACAGGAACCGGCCAAUGCAGGGUCCACCAGAGGACAGGAACCGGCCAAUGCAGGGUCCACCAGAGGACAGGAACUGGUUAAUGCAUGGUCCACCAGAUGACAGGAACAGAUCUAUACAUGAUCCAUUAGAUGACAGGAACAGAUCUAUACAUGGUCCACCAGAUGACAGGAACAGAUCUAUACAUGGGCCAACAGAUGACAGGAACAGAUCUAUACAUGGUCCACCAGAUGACAGGAACAGAUCUAUACAUGGUCCACCAGAUGAAAGGAACAGAUCUAUACAUGGUCCAACAGAUGACAGGAACAGAUCUAUACAUGGUUCAUUAGAUAACAGGAAUCGUUCUACACAUGGUCCACCAGAGGACAGGAACAGGAUAUUACAUGGGCCUCCAGAGGACCGAAAUAGAUCUGUCUUUGAUAAGACAGAUGGUGUAAAUAGACCUGUAAUUGAUGGAAAUAUUGGCAGAAAACUGUCAGCUACUGGAGUAACUGAGAGAAAUAGGCAAAAGAUUCAAGAAUUGGACAGAAACAGAGCAAUGACUGCUAAAAUGGAGAGAGAUGAAGCACAGUUUAGUGGAAGAACAGAUAUAAAUAGAUCUAGUUAUGCUGUGGACAGUAAAGUGUCUGACUAUGGUAGGGGUUAUGGGAAUAAGGAUCCACUUGUCGGUAACGAACCUGUGAGAACUCGUUCAUAUAACGUCAAAAACUAUGUGGACCACAAAGUCUCUUACAAAAAAGAGGAUGUAUCAUCAAUCAACAACAAUCAACAGCAUAGUAAAACAAGUCAUAUACCUCCAUUACUGAAGGAUUUCGUCAAGGACACAGUAAAAACGUUUGAUAGAAUCAUCGAUAAACGACAUCACCCUUUGGAAAAUGCUAAACAGUCUGAUAAACAUACUAAACAAAAAACUAGACAGUGUAAAAGAACACUUAAGGCAACACAACUUAAAAAUAUUGAUGCUCCGCUGUUGCAACCAUCUUACAUUCGCCAAGAAGCUCAGGAGAGGAAGAAGAAGUCAGUAACUGAAGCAGACUCGAAGUUUCAGAGUGCUGCUUACGAAAACAGGGCGAGCGACAAGAAGUACGCGGAAGAGGCUGCGGCGAGUCGUGAUAGGUCGCUGGGUGGUGCGAGCAGAGACUGGAGCAAGUCGGGACGCGGCUCGUGGAGCCGCGGCGAGAACGUCAGGUCGCAUCAGUCUGCCGACAAAAAGCAGGAUGUGCGGGGCCACGUCUCGGGAAGUGCUUCUGGCCCGGCGCCCGGCUACCAGCCCAUGUCGGCCUCCGACAAGGCCCCGAUGUACAGUGACUUGCAGGGGGGAGGCUCGGGUGUUUGGAGAGGGGACGGCGGUGAUGGCAUUUGGGGCACGCCGGGCAGUUGGAACACGCCAGGCAAUUGGAAUCCCGCCGCGGGAGGGGCGAGUGCGCAGAGUGAUUGGAAUGCGCAGAGUGGUUGGAGUGCGUCUGGCAGCUAUACCAAUGUGCAGUCUGCAAACACGGGAUACACGUGGGGAUGAACUGUCAGAUGUUUGGUCCUGUGGAAUCGUGUGAGUUAUCAGCUUGUAGUGAUGAACCGUAUGAAUCUGCUUGUACAGAAAUAGUGUUUGUGCAGUGUUCUGUCUUUUUUUUUUUUUUUUUUUUUAGUGUUGUAACAUGUUAAUCUCAAAUUCAUUCACUUGUGUAUUAAUAGUUUUUUUUGGUAUACCACUAACACAAGUGAACUGUGUAUAUCAAAUUUUUUUAGAAUAAAUGAAAUACUGGUAGCUUUUUUCACAGCAUUAACUUAAUUUAAAAACCAUUUAUUUAUUGAAAGACAAAAAUUUGAUAGAAAAAAAAAUAUUAGUUUGAAUAUCUGUUUUUAUUUCAUAAACAACAUGGCUUUUAACAUGAAACUGUGUUUGCCUGAAUUCUAAUUGCUGAGGUAUUAAGUGAAUUGUCUAAAACUUUGAACAUAAGAAAAAUUCAAAUACCUUGCGGGAUCAUUAUGCUUUACCUUUAUUGCAGUGUUUUUGAUGUGUAACAUCUUAGCUCUGUGUAUACUGCAUUUGGUGGGAGUAAUUUUGUGAAUGUGACGGAAAUGUGUAACAGGAUGUAGGAAGAAGUGCGCGCCAUUCAAAUUUUCAUUUUGCCUGCAGUUGGUGCUUGUGCUGUUGCGUGUCAGCGAAAGAUAGAAAGAGUAAAAAAAGACAGCUGUUUGCUGUUCGUUCUACUAACGUUAGUUUUGAACAGCGGGACUUUGUGGCAUGUAGAUUUUCUGAUGCGUAAUGAAUAGAUUGUAAAAUAAUUUAUAAUAUAUUAUAUAAAUUUGAUAAUUUUAUAAGUGUUUUAUUAAAAUAUUGGUUUUGUUAAAAUAUAAUUUGUGACAAAUUCAUUCCUGGACGUUAUUUGUAUAAAGUGAGUAUUAAUAAAUAAGUUCUGUGAUUUAUAUUAUAAUUUUUUUUUUUUUUGAGGUUCAUCCAUUUUAAUAUCGCUUUAAUACUUUUAAAAUUGGUGAAUAUGAAAUCGACAAAUUAAAUCUAAAACAAAUAAAUUCCUUAGUAAUAAUAUUUUCCUGGAUCUAUAAGAUUAUUAUUAUUAUUAUUAUUAUUAUUAUUAUUAUUAUUAUUAUUAUUAUUAAACUGCUGAGUGAAUAAAGAUUAGAGCACAUGUGAGAAAACAGGUGAUGUAAGCAUGAGGAAAAAUUUCAAACUGUAGGAGUAGGGCCAGAAAAAGCUGCUCGUAACAGCUCAAAGUAACUAGAAUUUUGCUCGUUACAGAGGUUAGAUGUUACACAUCACUGGCAAGUAAUUUUUAAUUUGCUCUUUGACUAUCUAUAGUGACUAUAGUUUAACAAGAGGCGCUAGAGGUAAACAACAAAAUGAAACGUAUACAAAAGUAGCACAUCACAUACUAUCAUGUUCAUGUAGAUAUUACUUUUGUUGUGGGCAGCUGCUUAGACUUAAAAGGCAAGGCAAUUUUAAAUUAUAAGAAGAAUAAAUUAUUAUAUGUUAUUUAAUGUGUUCAAUAUAUUUUAGAUGACUUAAGACACUAGAUUCUGUAGCACUGAAUCACAUUUGUCGUGGUGUUCCUUUGCGGUCGCAGAUGGUUGCUGUUUCAAUUGCGUCUUUUGGGUGCUGAUGUUGCCAUGUUUUUCGUAUCCAUCUUGCCAUAAGUUAAUUGGAACUCUAUGAGAAUCACAAGAUAAGUUGUAACAGCUCCCACAAUCUGCAAAUGAUAACUUGUUAAUAUACAUUUGUGGUUCAAAUGUGGUUAGAUCAUAUCACACAUUCUGAAAAGAAGCUUUAAUAUUUGGUAAUAAUAUACUAAGUUUUAUUAGAACUAAACCCAGUGUUCUCCUGAUUCUAAAAUGCCUAAAUUCAGAUUUUUAAGUAAUCAGAAUCAGCUAUCUUCUAAUUGCCAAACAAAUCAACAAUUAAUUGUUUACUGGUUUUUUUUUUUUUUUAUAUAAGUGAGCUGUAACAAAUAUUUAUUUUGUGCUGUAUAAAGUACAGAUAGUAAUAAAAGUUAGGAUUUGAAAUGUUUGUGAAAAAUUUUAGCACACAAAGUUAUUUUAUUGCUAUUUCAUAAUUUUGUGUAAUUUUUGUUUAUAAGGAAAUUAUAUUUGGGUGUGCUAUGUAAUUUAUAAGCAAUUCAUCAGAUACGUGCUACAUAUCUGAUUUUGUUUCAACUACAUCUGGUCACUAAUUAGUAAUUAUGGUUCUGUGUUCCAGUAGCUGGGUAAUGCAUGCGAAUUUACUUGACAUGUUCCAGUUUUUAAAUAUUGGUUUAUAAAAAUUUGAAUUUAGCAAUGAAUUGAAAAUACACAAGUGCAGGUGAGGCAGAGCCUUAAGAAAACUAAUUAUUAUUACAUUUGGAAAAAUUGAGUUUGCAAUGUUAUCUCCUUCAACGUAUGAUCCUUGAGAAGCUAUUCAGCGAUUCCACUAAUUGUUCCACUCUUCAUAGCAGUGGGCGAAGUCAUUUUCUGCAAGUCUGCAGAGCGCGCUCAUCACGGCUUGUUGCAUGUUGUCGAGAGUCCCAAAAUGAGUCCGCUUGGGAGAGCCAGAUCUGGGCUGUAGAGUGGCUGUGGAAGUGUUGGUACAUUUUACUGAGCCAGAAAUUCGCAUAUGGACAGGGUAGUGGGGCAGGAUGUGUUGUGAUGAAGCAUGCAUGAGCAAAUUACAUGUGAAAAUAAUGUUAAUUUUGUUUUUUGAUGCAAAAAGAGUGUUUCACAAGGAGUGUGUAUUUCAAAGUACACUGUAAACAAUAUAGCUUCUCAAGAAUCACACUUUUGAAGUAGAUAACAUUGCAUUGUAAUUCAUUUCUUAUAAAUAUGAAUUUUUGAAAAUCAAUGAUUAGUGAUUAAUCAGUUGUUUUGCCAUCAGUUGCUCCUUUUAAAAUAAAUUAAAAUCACAAUAAUAUUCAUUUGUAGGUCCAAAAUUGAUAAUGCAAAUUUAGUGUGUACAGUAACUUGCAUAGUAGGCAAAAUAGUCAGACACAACUCAAAUUAUUUUUAUCAACUAAGUGCAACAGCUCCUAGUAUGUCUGAAAAACUGGGUUUUUUUGAGUUCUGUUCACCUCGAAACAUAGUUGCAUACACUUAAAUAUGGCUCUAGUCUGGAUCCUGGCUGUAAGGUGGCAUAAACUGUCCAUGGAAAGUGAAGUUAGACUGAGGCACAAGAAGCCAUUUGGGCACGUUGGUACGAUGCUGGGCCCACGUUGCAAGGGACCCUAUCCCGGCCAUCCAUAUUUUGGUUUUCUUAAAAUUACUCCAGAAAAAUGCUGGGAGGUUUCUUACAGUCGCCCAUGGCAGAUUCCUUCCUGUUCUGUGCUGUCAUAGUUUGUUAUUGACUGUAAUAACUAUAAGACAUUAAGUCCAAAAAAAAAUUAAGAAUGAGGCACUGGGAAGAAGCAAUGAUUGAAUGCAUUGGAAGAGAAAGUAGGAGCACCCAGAGGAAAACUACUGUAUCAGGAAAUGUUUACUUCCCUUUUUGCCUUCAAAGGUCCAGGGUGGAACCCAUGUCACCAAGUGGAGCCUGGUUACGUGGUGAUUAUGUGGGUGAAUGAUUCAUCGCAACAAUAUUUUUUGGUCUAGCAGCAAACUCAAACAUUGGUUGAGUGUCAUAUGUUAACUAAUACAACCUGUGGGUUGAAGUUACCGUACUCUGGAUUUACCUAUCACACAGAUGUCGGCUCUGGCUGUGGCCAUUACUACAGCACUGAUGACGAGGGUAAAUAACAACUCACCGAGUGGAUGAACGUGUAGUCUAGGUCGAAGAAACCGCAGGCGGUGAACUGAAUUCUUCUGUGGAGUAGCUGCAUUGAGAAUAGCUGUAACUGACGGACACAAUUUCUGUUAAUGUCAGCGUUUAAAUGUUAAGUGUAUACUGACGUUGAGCUCUUAUGUAAUGAAAGGUUACAUGGCUAAACUACAAUUUAUCUAGCAUGAUAUAAAGCAUACUCUAAAAAAAAAGUUUAGAUCCUGUUUCUUUGUAAAGAGGCUUAUGGUUACGACACCUUUUUGUGUCCCAACUUUGUUCCUACUCGCCAAGAGAGCAUUGUGCCUCGGCAGUCGUGGCUACCGAAGACAAGGUAGGAACUCCAGAGUUUGGACAACCAGCCGAGAUCUGAAGUACAUUAAUGAAGGGGAUUGGAGAGCUUUCCUGAUAAAACCCAUCUCAUUUUAAAACAUUCCAGGCGGACUCUAGCUGAAGUACCUGGCCCGGGCUAAGCACUUCGUAAUAUGAGGAACAUCACUGCCGAGUUUGAAGUCUGUAGGACAUACACUUGAAAAACUGUAAAUCUUGAUUUUAAAGUGUCAUUGAUUGCACAAUCUUGGUACAUCAAAGCUACUCAUCAGCAAAAUCUGGACGCAAGUCUUCAGUUUCAUUUUGUGGGAAGGCAGGUAAACCCUAGGCAAGACGUGACGGACGCACCAAACUAUAGUGAGUUACAAAUUCAAGGCAAUGCCAUCUAUUAGUAAAAUUCUAAACUAAACUGUUAUUAGCGCCUUGAGUUCGCUAGCAGCCACGAGCUUCACUAAGCAGAUGGGUUUCGCCUAGGAUAGGAAGUUGCCAGACCUUACUAAUUGACUGUGUGGCAGACAUAGAGAUGACACAAUCUCACUGUUUGUGUGUCUAUGGUCUACCUCCUAUGAGUUUCUAUUAUAAAACUGGAUUUACCCCUUUUUCACUCCCUUAGGGAUGGAAUUUCAGAUUACAUGUAUUAUACAGAUUAGUAUGUCACAGUUCUGUCCGUUGCUGCGUGAAAGAAGGUCUAACAGACAAACGCUCUUUCGCAUGUAUAAUAUUAGUAGAGAUAAUUGACGAAUGUUCUUUUCUAUUCUAUUAGUUAAAGCAGAUUUUUACCACAUCGAACAGAUUUUGGGUUUAAAAUGUUUGGAGCAAAACACAUGACCACUAGUUAGUUCCUGAUAAACAUGAGCUAAAUCUGUACAAAAAGUUAUUCAGAAUGUGAAAUAUUAGUAACCCUUACUUUGGGAUUUGGACAUUGUCUAAUUAGACAAUUACCUGAUUUAAAAAAUUUUUAUAAUUACAACCAUUAGACAUUGCAUUGUUUUCCUGUUGUGCCUGACCUGUUCUUAUUUUAAGUACCCUACACAAAAAGAUAUGGAAUACUGCGAAUGUCUCAGAGUGAGUUUUCUUUGCAAACUGAAUUGUAGCCUAACCUUCAUGCACGUAAGAUCAGUAAUGGUAGACUUUCAAUGUAGGCUAAAUUGUACCAUUAUAUAUUGUAUAACCAAAUACGCCUUCUUUGCUCUGAGGUGGUCAUAAGGCAAAACAUAGCUGACUGCCAUUUACCUCUUCUUUUGUCCUGACUUCACAUUCUUCAUUUAGUAGCUUAUGCACGAUGCUGCUCGUUGAAUUUGCCUGAAACAGUGUACAGUUUGCGACUAGAAGCUUGGAUCUUCAUAUUAUGUACGUGGGAAAAAAGAUUUUUACAGGCUAACGUUAUAAAAGUUUUGAUUGUAUGUCCAUUAAAAACAGUUAGGUAGCUCAUAUUGACUUUGAGUGAAAGACGUGUAAAACUAUUUUUGACAGAGUAUAAGUAGCAUAAAGAACAAAAAUGACAUCUUGGCCUGCAUAUUUUCCAUUUUCCCCACUACAGCAAGCCAUCGACACGUGAUGCAAGGAACAGCUGUUUAGCCACCAGCUGAUACAGUAAUCCUAAAAUACAUCUUGUUGUACACACUUUACCAAAAAUCCAGAAAAAUUGUCUGGACUGUCUACGUUUGAAAUAGGUAGUUAAAUAAUUAAUAAUAGUUUUUUGUGCUAGAGCAACUUAUUUUAUAACAAGACUGUUUACAGAAAUUUUAUUUCAGAAAUUGUCAACCUUUAUGCCAUACUUCAAACAAGAAAGGUCACAAACCAAGUUUUUACUAUGGUUUUAAACAAAUAAUUAGCUUUUCCCCUAUUUUCUAAAUAAAAUUAAAAAAAUAGUGGUCUUCAUACCUGCAACUUCAUGUAGCUUAUUUGCUUGGUUUAGUACUUCAUGUUUAAAGACUGGUAAAAAAAUGGGGGGAAAAGUUGUAUAUUUUCAGUAUGUUUCAACUGUCCAGAAAACCAAUUCACAAUUUAAAUCUAAUUACAGUUAUACUUGUGGCUGUACUGAUACAGAAACACAACCAUGAUACUUGAUUACUGCAAGAAAGUGACAAGUUGGAGCAUGCUUCGAUCUGUGCUCCUCUCGAAUGUUAAAACUUCCAUGAAGUCACUACGUAGUGCACAAGCAACAAAUGACCUCAGACUAUUUAUGACUUGUAUCUGUCUUGUCUUGUAUCUAUCUACAUAUGUAUAUAAGUCCCACUUUUGUUUUUAUUUUUUAAUAUAUGUUAUAUAAUUUAAUGUAUCAAAACUGUAUAUUAAUUGCUACUGUAUAUGAUUUGCUGGUAGCACCAUGACAAAAUAUCCGCUGUACUGAAUUUGAGUUCUGUAUGUGAGUGUCCUAUGUGUUUUGUAUUGACAACUCCCCUUCAGGCUGCCUGGAGAAAUGGAGGCUUAUAAAUAAAUAAAAAAAAUAAAUAAAUAAAUGUGUGCUUUAUGCUUUACAGCUUUGCAACCACACAGCUUGGGACAGAGGGUGAUUGUGCGAGACAUUCUUAGAGAAAGAAAUGAGACAGCCAUUACUGUGGCACCGUUAAUUACAUGUACCUACUGUCAAAUGGGGCGUAUAGGAUCAAAUGUUUGUAACAUAUUUUGAAACAUAUAGCAGAAAAAAUUAAUAGCUACAUUGUUCUGAUAGUUUUAAUACAUGGUUUUAUGUAUAUAAUUAUUUUUUGCUACUGCUGACCCUUUUCACCCCAUUUUAAGGUACAAUAUAAUCUUGUUAAGUCUAUCCCUUUUAACUAGGAUCUUUGGUUAUCAGGACUAAUUAAUUAGACUACCAAAUUAAAAAAAAAAUUAUUCAAAAUAUUCUUUGCAUGAUGAUAGAGAGAGUUUAAACAUUAAAGAUAGGUACACAGUUCAGAAUAUAAAAAAUAAAUACAAAAAUUACAAAGUUAUUGUUUAUAUUUGUGUGUACAAUAGUAAAGACUACAGUGAGUGCGAGUUUACUGGGAAGGUACACCGCGAUGUGAUGACUCAUUCAUGCCGUAAGCGGUGAGAUGUAGUCUACAGGUGAAGUAUGUGUUUUGAACGUGUCUUGUUUGAUGUAAAAGAAGUUUUCUGUUACUUUAUUUUUUUUUUCUUCAGAAUUCUACUGUUAGCCAGGAUUUCUGUUAAUAUGUCAGCUCUGUUCCUAGUUAAUCUGACUCGAAGGUUCUAUUUUGUAAGAAUAAUACUGUCAGCACUUAGCGAAAUUAUCCAAUCUGUCGUUGCAAAACCCUAGCCACAGCAUCGAUAGUUCCGGAGCUACACAAUAAUUAAUUUAAGAUGCAUAACUGCGAGUUGAUGCAUUGGGACACACUCAAGAAAGGAUUUAGCUGCAUUUCGACCUGUCGGAAGUAGGCAGUCAGUCGGUUAGAGAAAUAACCCAGUCCUUCAUCGUGAGGCCCUAGUCUGUAACUUCUGAAGAACAGCUUAAUCUAAGUUUAUGAACUGCCCAGCAUACUUGUAUUAAGUGCACUGCUAUAUUUAUAAACAAAAAUGUGCUCGCACUGCCCGGCUCAAUGUUAGAUCGUAGGAUAGAUUUCUCUCACCCAUCCACAACUUUUUUUGUAUUUUAUUUUUACUACAGCCCUAUCACACUGAAGUCAGUCCCACACAGCCGAAGUGGUUGUAGGCCCUUUUUGGUUCAAAAGGGAGAUGUUACGGAGUAACUUCACGUGCCAGACCAAGACCUAUACACUGUCUGGUAAGCGUGAAAACUACCAGUGUCGUCACUCCUCCCCCCUUCACCUUCAUAAAGAGGAGGGAACAGGGGCAAAGCGAAUUUGAACCCCGACGGCCAUUUUAUGUAAAUGUGGCAGGCAGCAUUAAACCAGCGAAUGCACCGGAGGAAACCUGCUGCCUGUAGUUAGAUGAUGGCUCACCCGAUGGCCAGAAAGGGAGCAGGGAGUGGUGAUUUGAAUGACAGCUCAAGACUACCGCCGCUCGUAGCCAGGCAGCUUGUCGAGUCGUCUUUUCUUAAGCAGUUUUGAUAACCUUUAUCACAGUGUGAGCCAGGGCGAUACCGUAUGCUUUGUGACUUCCGCGUAAUGUGAAAUUUUUCGCCUGCCUACUGGUGCGACACACUGAGCCAUGAGAAUGGCUCGUCCAUUCUCUGAUGCCAGUUUCUUCCAAGUCUGGAGUCUUCUAAAGUUGCCCAGCCACGACUGACUUCGGCUGGUCUGGUCCACGAGUCGGUAUUUGAUACUUCCGACUACCCCAACUGCUCAUCACAGCUGUGGCCCCCUGCUAUCCGCCACCCGCGGGACGCGCUCAGUAGCAAGCAGUCGCUGAGUCCAGUAACAGUACACAAUGCAUCAGGCCCCACUUCCAGAGGCCCACCGCCGGGCGUAGCUAAGGGGGGAGAAAUGCCUGUGCACACAGCGGAAGAUCUUACGAACGUUCCCCUGCUGAUAUUUUAGCAGGAACCCCUGACGGAGCAGUUGGGUAACUGCUGGUGAUGUGCACACUGCGAGGUUCCGGAUGAGCUCACCCAUCCUCAACGCCAGGGCGGUGGUCGGUAUCGGGAAGCUGCUAUACUGUGGUUGGCAUUAAGCUCAGGGCUCAGCCAACCACUGAGCAUUAUGGUGAUCGGUGCUCAAGCACCAUUUUAGGGCAUUUAAAUUUCUGUAUCUCGUCGGGAUCGUAAUUACAAGAGAUGAAACAAGUGGGUUUUGAUGUUAUUCACAUUUCUCAUAAAACCUUUUUCAUCGUUCGGCCUUAGAAAUCAUGGAAGGUUUCUGUGUUCGUCUCGUGAAGUAGUUCCUCUGCUGGGAUGUAUCUCGUGGUGUCUUUAGCAAUGCGAAUAUAUCUGAUUUGUAUUCACUGUAAUUUCAAGAGGUAUGUUUUGGCUGCAGUUGCCCAUACUGGGGCUGUUUACGUAAUUACUGGUCAGAUGAGGGAUUUGUAGAGCAGCAGUCUAUUUUGUACUAUACUCCCGACGUUCUUCGGUAGAGUGCACGUUUUCUGCUGUGUGCCUUUCCCCUGUUUGAUUCUAUGUAGGUCCUCCACAAUAGUUUUUGAUCCAAUAGGACACCGAGGUAUUUCGCGACAUCCUCGUGGGAAAUGUGAUCUUCAAACAGGGUAGGUUGUGGCUGACGAUUUACUGGCGGCAGGUUUUUACGAGAAAACACCACUGACUCUGAUUUUGUAGUGUUUAUCUUUAUUCCCCAAGCCAUUCACAACUGCCGCAUCGCAGUGGGCGCGAUUUACAGUCGUCAGUGACUAAACUUAGGUUGAGCAGUCAAAUUUUAGAGUACCUACUGGUUUAUCUAACACGCAAGGCAUAAUAGCAUAAUACCAUUAUUGUUCACUUUCAGAUUUCUUGCGUUUUGGCUUACAUUUUCGACACCAUGUUAGAAGUGAAAUUUGCCAAAAAAAAAACUUAGAGACAGAAUUUAUGUGCAAAGAAGGCUAUGAUUCUGUUUU